AUGGGACAAAAAGUGACCACUCCUCUGAGCCUGACUCUGGACCACUGGAGUGAAGUUCAGGUUUGGGCACAUAAUCAGUCAGUAGAAGUUAAGAGAAAGAAAUGGGUUACUAUCUGUUCCUCAGAGUGGCCCGCGUUUAAUGUUGGAUGGCCACGGGAGGGCACCUUUAACACUGAUAUUAUUUCACAGGUAGAGGCCAAAGUCUUCAACCCUGGACCUCACGGACACCCCGACCAGGUCCCCUACAUUAUGACCUGGCGGGCUCUGGCCUCAGACCCACCUCAGUGGGUCCAGCCUUUUAUUCCCCCCCCUAAACUCCGUUCUCCUCUCACUACCCCAAGUGCCCCACCCUACCAAGCGCUAUCCCUUCCCCUCCUCACCCCUACCUCUUCUUCCCUUUACCCUGCCCUUACCCCACUUCAGGAUAGGGCUGUUCAAAAGCCUCCCAAGGCUACCCCCGUUUUGCCCCCUGACGCAGCGUCCCCCCUCAUCGACCUGUUGACAGAGGAGCCGCCACCGUAUCCUGAGGCGGCACCGGCAGGACAGGAGGAGCCUGACUCUCCAAUUUCCCCCAUUGCAGGGAGGCUUAGGGACGGUCGUGAGCUGCCGCUAAGUCAAACCUCCCAGGCCUUUCCCUUGAGAGAGGGCCCUAACGGCCGGCCACAAUACUGGCCCUUCACUGCUUCCGACCUUUACAACUGGAAGCAACAUAACCCUUCCUUCUCUAAGGAUCCCACUGUCCUAACUAACCUAAUUGAGUCCAUUUUAGUCACUCACCAGCCCACCUGGGAUGACUGUCAGCAGCUUUUGCAGACCCUGUUGACCUCGGAAGAGAAGCAGAGAGUCCUCCUGGAAGCCCGGAAGAAUGUACCGGGCGAAGAUGGGUGACCAACCCAAUUGCCCAAUGAGAUAGAGGAGGCUUUUCCCUUGACUCGACCCCACUGGGAUUUCAACACACCAGGAGGUAGGGAGCACCUACGUCUCUACCGCCAGUUGCUUAUAGUGGGUCUCCGCGGGGCUUCAAAACGCCCCACUAAUUUGGCAUAGGUCAAGCAAGUGAUACAGGGAAAAGAGGAGACGCCUUCUGCCUUUUUAGAAAGACUUAAGGAGGCUUAUAGAAUGUACACUCCUUAUGACCCCGAUGAUGAGGGACAGGCUACCAGCGUAUCCAUGUCCUUCAUUUGGCAAUCGAGCCCAGACAUCAGGAGUAAAUUACAGAGGUUAGAAGGGCUGCAGGGGUAUACCCUCUCAGAUUUACUGAAAGAAGCAGAGAAAAUCUUUAAUAAGAGGGAAACUCCAGAAGAAAGAGAGGAGAGGAUAGAUAACAGGCGUAGUAGGGAGCAGGAUGAGAGAGACAGGAAACGGAAUCGGGAAUUAACUAGGGUGUUGGCCACCGUUGUCACUCAGGGGCAGAGCAGAGAGGGAAAACCAGGCACUGGAGACUAUCGACCGGUACAGGACUUGAGGGAAGUCAACAAAAGAGUUCAGGACAUCCAUCCAACAGUGCCCCACCCCUACAACCUGCUGAGUACUCUGCCCCCUUCACAUGUCUGGUACACUGUGUUGGAUUUGAAAGAUGCCUUUUUCUGCCUGAGACUGCAUCCUGAGAGCCAGCGUAUCUUCACUUUUGAGUGGAAAGAUCCAGACCUUGGGCUCUCGGGCCAGUUAUAG